AGGUUCCAAUCAACAUGUCCCAUCUGAUGUGGGUAUUUUGUGUCUAAGGCUCGGUGCUAUAAACGCCUUUCCUUAAACGUCAGAUGACGUUGACCAUCAGACAUAUCAUAUCUCAGUGUAAGAUGUGAAAGAUUCAUCAAACAAAGUCCAGGGAAUCCUGAAGGAUUCAGGCUUUUCAUUCAACUCGUGGCAUUAUGGAGACGACCAUGCAGUCGGUUCAUCACCCCUCCAGACUUCAUCCUGCAACGAUCUUCCCGUGGCUGUUGACACUUCAUGCCAUUCUAGGGAUUGGUGAAGGGACCCUUGCCCCCCGGUCAUCCAUGGUGACAUCCCACAUGAAGAUGGUGGACCUGGGAGACGGCGUCACCCUGGAGUGUCUCCCGCGAGGAGUCCAACUGCCUCGUGGGGGCCAGCUGGUGUGGGUGAAGGAAGGGAAGGAUCUCCCCCGUCACUCUCGCAUCUUGGACAGCGGCGAUCUCUGGUUGAACACGACCGAUCCCCCGGAUGCAGGGAAUUACAGCUGCGAACUCGAUUCGGCGGUAGAUAGCCGAACAAUAAGCCGGACGCUUCUGAUCGUUCGUAGCCAUCCUCCCGCUGUCGUGAAUCUGAACGUCCGGCCGUCGUCUGCGUUGGCUACGGUGACGUGGAGCACGGAAGGAAACGGCAACAGCCCCCUCCUGGGCUUCCGCAUUCGAUAUCGUCCUCUCCCGCGACCGCUUGAGGUCCUCGAUGAGUAUGACCCCGAUCUCUGGAAGUCUCCCAGUGUCCUGCAGCACAUUCCUCCUCUACUUCGCCAGGUGGAGGUGUAUCAUCUCGAGCCAAACACGACGUACUUACUCCAGGUGGAGGCGUGGAACCGCCUGGGCCGCAGCCUCCCCGCUGAGGUUCAGUUCACCACCCAUGAUGAUGUUGCCGAGAUAGAGUUGGAGAAUUACAUCCUUGAGACUGGGAGGUUGAAGGUGGGGAACAUCGCGUGGGGAGUGGCAGCUGCCCUGGCUGCCCUCGUCUUCCUCUUCUUCACUCUCUUCCUCAUCUUUCUUUCCAAGUAUCUUGUGCAUGUGUGGAGGGUGAGGAGAUCUGCCAAGCAUCGAGCAGGCAUCAUUGAGCGAAUGGGAGGGCUUGGGACUAAAGGCAGAAAAAGACCACAGAAUCUGGCUCAGACUGGAAUUAUAUGUAACAUGUCCCAGUGCCCACCCAAACAAUGGACGAUGAAGAAGAUGCAGGCAGAGAUUGAGAUGCCAGUGGAUACGAGCGAGACCAUCGAGCUCAUCCCCAACAUCAUCGUGAAUCCGGGUUUCGGCGGGGACGAGAACUCCAACACGCAGCAGGCGCAGCUGGUGAACAACAACAGCAUCGUGAGGCCAGAGUCCUGCUGAUGAGGAACAGCAUGGUGAUGCCAAAGUCCUGCUGAUGUGGGAUAUCCCUAGCCAACUCCAUUUUCUCUCAUUCAUUUUUGUCUGUGAUGUGAUGGAAGAGAUGCGCUGAUUGUGAUACGUCUCGAGGAAUCGACGUCGCAUUCCAUCGUCUCGCUGCAGCUGCUGGUUCAGUGAUCUUUACCACCUCAGUCAAUCAUGAUCUGCCUCCCCAUGUUUCAUCCCAACUUUUCACAACAGCUUAGCCUAUUUUCCAGAAAUUUUAACAAAGGGAAAAUUCAGUACAUGGACAGUGUGAGUUCAUCCCCGUCUCUCCAUGCAACCUUACUGAAAUUUUCCCCCAAAAUUUGUAUAGUACAUAUAAGAAAUAUGUACAUGUAUUCCCAAGUCAUGCUCACUCAUGCCUUGUGUGAUAUUGUGAAUCUUUUAUCAAGACGCAUUCUUCUCUGUGUCCUUGGACCAC